AUGGAGGAGCUGUUCGCUGCAGCCACCGGCUGCUUGAAUCCCUUGGUCGCGGCUUCUUACCUUGAGCGCGCCGGUUACGAUUUGACCCGAGCAGUCAACCACUUCUUGGACUCCCCAAAGAAUGAUACUGCGGCAAGCCGGAGCCACAGUGACUACUGUAAGAGCGCCUCUUGCGGCGAUGACAACAGCGACCCCCGCUCCUUGAAACGACAGCGUGCGGCGAUGGCAGGAGAGAAGCAACAACAGCAGCUCUUGAAGUUUGAACACGCAAGGCCCUUGUUGUCGGACACCAGCAGUAGCAGUGUCACCGCAAGUGUGGGAAUGCCUUUCUCAUCAGGCAUGGCGGAGGAAAUACAUGCAAAGCCAUGCGAUAGCAUACGUGGUGCUCCUGUACCAAAGUCGACCACGGCUCCUUCCGCAGGGUGGGAAGCGAUUGCUGAGCGCUGCCAGAGGCAAGGAGCACAGUACGAGGAUGGCGAUUUUCUCCCUGUGCCCUCUAGUUUGGACGGACGGAUUGGGAGAGGCUGCUCUGCUUCGUCGCGGGAUUGCACAGACGGUGGCGGCACGGAAACUGCCGAGGGUCAUGCCCGUUGCAAGUGUGGCACGAGUGCCCGGGUCAUCACGGUCAACAAGGCGGGCGUAAACCAGGGAAGGCUCUUCUACGGGUGCAUCACCCGCAAGUGUGACUUUUUUAGGUGGGCGGAUGAUGCGCCUCACACGCGGCAGGCGCUUUCUCUGGUAUGGAGGCGGUUUUCGCCGCCCAGAUUCAAGCUGUCGAGCGCAGCGCCAAGGGGGGCGGAAGGCGUUGGGGGAAGUUUCAAGCCUGAACACGUCAUGCAGGGGGCUGUGGGAGACUGCUGGUUCCUGGCUGGACUCGCGGUAGUCUCGGAACGCGCCGACCUGAUCGGACGGGUGGUGGGCAGCAAUGGUCCUCUGGCUGACGAGUUGGGGUGCUUCGAGGUGAACCUCUUCAAGGACGGGCGCUGGGAAAGCGUUGUCGUGGACAGCUGGUUGCCGUGCAAGGAUCCCGCCCGCCUCAAGGGGAAGGAGAAAGGUCUGGACCACUUGCCCGCCUUCGCCAAAGCCUUCAACAACCAGAUUUGGCCUUGCAUCGUGGAAAAGGCGUUUGCCAAGCAGCACGGAUCCUACGAUGCAAUAUCUGGGGGGCACGUGUGCGAUGCGUUCGAAGCCCUGACGGGGGCACCAACGGAGACCGUCAUGCUCGACAACGACGAUUCGGAGGGCAACUGGGCCCAGCUACUGAGCUUCAACCAGGCAGGCUUUCCAAUGGGCUGUGCUACUGCAUGGGACCCCACCAGGUGCGAGAACUCCCCCCCGGAGUUCGAGGAGCCAGGCAGCCGUCCAUUCGAGACUGGGCCGGGUUGGGCAGCGCCGCCGCGGCAGCCGAGCAGGGGCGGAGGAGAGACGGCGAAGCGUCUGGACAACCUCUUCGGCUUGGGGAAGCGCGAGUGGAUUGGGGAUUGGGGCGAGAAGUCGGAGAAGUGGAGCGACAGCGUCCGAGCGGAGCUUGGCUGGAGCGAGAAGAAUGACGGCACCUUUUGGAUGACGUGGCAGGACUUCAUGACUCGAUUUCAGCUAGUGGACGUAUGCAAGGCAAGGCGAGACUGGUCCCACGCUUCUGUCACCACCCACAACAUUCCCAGCCCCAAGGCUUGCAGGUAUUAAUAGCGCUCAGAUUUUGAUCUAUAUCGAAAGUACUGUGGGUACCGCUGACUCUACACACCAGUCGAGAUGCAAGCCGAUGUACCUCUCGGUUUUGCACAGAGCCAACGUUUGCGAAUUCUAUGUGCUAGCGGGUACGCUCUGUACUUCGCCACUAUUCCUUGUACGGGUCUGCUGUAUGCGGUGUUUCCUGUGAGGUCGUUUCCCGAUAAAGCGGCUUGUGAACCAGCGCUACUAUACAAAGGAGCUAGUAGACAUGAGGUCAGGUCAUAAAUUGAAAAGCACCCUAUCCGUUCACCUGUGUAAUAGUUCUGUCUAAAGUCAAGACAUUGAGGUGAUGGCAUAGGGGACAGACACCUACCUUCGACGGCACGUCUUGAGUGCAUCUCUCAACUUCGUACAACCUGUUAACGUUCAUAUUAUCCGGUACACAUGACAGCGGUGAGCGCGGCGCAAUCACAGUGAACCAUAUUUCGCUUUUUAUCGUGCUUGCCUGUAGCCAUCAUACAUACAUGUACAAGCUUUUUAACUCAUGAAAGUAUGGCCGUGUUGUACGUGGCGUACAACAGAGUGCCGUUCGGUAUGUAGCUCCGGACGAUGCCCCACCGCCCCUCCGCGCCUUGCAGAUCUUUUCGCGUCAGACCUCCGCCGCCACCGAUGGCAGCAAACACAGAGGGGGAGACCUCGUCUCAAACAGCGGGGAAAAAUCCAGCAGCGACAGCUACAACAACGUCGCCGACAGCAGUGGCAGCAACACCAACACCAACACCAACAACCUGGGCGUACAUUACCGUGGUCCAGCCAACCAAGCGGGGGCGGAAGGACGGCUACUGGUACAAGGCUUUGGGGCUGCUGGUGACAGAGAUGAGCCCCUCUCUUUCUGCUCGUGGAGAUACGGGCCACGGCGAUGGCGUCCUGGUGGCUUCAUCUCUCGGCGGGGCGAAAAGGUCUCUGUCGUGCGAGGUGUUUCUGGAGAGCGACAAGGCGUACACGGCAUCGGUGGUGUGUCUGGGCGUCGAACAUGGCGACAAAAUAUCGUCCGGAAGGCGAAAAUUAUCUGCGGCAAGCACCCUCCUCGGAGAAUCGACGGGGUUCUGGGGAUUCCGUGUGACGGUGUACAGCGCUCGUACCGUACAGGUAGGGUAUGGGUAUUCAUGGAUGCACGUGGACGGCGGAGAUGGAGUGAUUUUGCGCUCUGUGAAGUUGGGGGUGGAUGUGACACACUGUACAAACGGCCGGUAUUUCUAUUUGUGUCCCUUCGGCUGUUGCUUCCGAUGGCACACAAGAAUGAUCAUCCAACCAGGGUAGCGCAAACCAACACCAGGCUUCAGUCCUGUUGAAGUACAGACUCGAAGUUUUGGCAUCGUGUGCUCACAGCUAAAUACCGGUUCCAACCGAAACAAGGCGGUAGGCGAAGCGAAUCCAUUCAUCGCUAUAUCUCGGCCGUUUCUCGCCGGUCUCGGCCGGAACACUGCGGCAUCGCACGGGUCGAAGAGCAAUGAAUCCAAGCCAGGUGAGAAAGAACGAGGCUACCCCAUUUAUCACCUCUCGCUCCACCUCGCGGCGAAACCAUUGGCUGCCCGCGCCGCCAUCUCCGGGUACGAUCAUGGAAUGGAGACUAUCCUCGCUGUCUUCUCUUGGAUUGUUUCCCACGUCGCAACUCCCCGAAUUGCGGGAGAGAGCAGAUCGUCCCAGGAGAGCAGCGACCAGCCUCACCCGGAUACUUUCGAGCGGGAUCCUCUAUACACCAGGCCUUAUCCCGUCGAUCGUCGGAGGAGAUUUUGGCGGAUGGGGUCGUAGGGUGUCACGCCGUUUCGGUGCGGAACCCCCUUCAGUCGUUUGCACUAGGUGGGGGAGCUGCUCUGUCGGUGGUCCCGAUGGAAGGCAGCGCCGUAUUCUUUCUGUUGGUGAAUGUCAGCUCGUCGGAGGUUGUGAUCCGUCUGACGUUGACGUCACUAGAAGGGGCAACCGUAAGCACGCCGGAUUCUCGGGCAUCACCGGACGGAAAAGGCAUGACGAGCUCCACGAUGUGCCCCGCUAGAUCGCAGAAGAUCGCUCUGGUUCUCGCUCGAACGGCGGACCACGGAUCAUUCAGCCACAAGUUUCACUACCGCGUUUUGCGGCCGGCAACAACGGCACGAGCAACGACAGCGGCAGCGACGGCGACUAGACAUGGCGACGCCGGAGCAAAGCCUGCGGGGAAAACUUCUUCGAGCAUAGGCACGGGCGCCUUCGCCGAAGCAACCGCCGCCACCCCCUCCUUCGGGGGCGGGUUGUUUUCGGCACAGGCGCUCUUGCCCGGAGCGGAGGAGUUGGUGAGGCGCGCGGGAGGCUACACCUUUUCGGGGGAAGGGGGGGCGGUGGAAGGGCGCGGAGGUAGCACUGUGACGGGCG